AUGGUCAAUUUACUUUGUAAAACUUUUCAACAAAUUACAGGAAAAAUGUUUAAAGCUAAUGUGAUCUUAUGGACUGCGUUUAUUAUAUGCCUUUAUGUGUCUGAUGUACACAGUCAAAAUAAAUCAAAGUCAGAUCCACUAGAUGAAAAACGCCAUUCUGUCAAUUACAGUCAGCGACCUGUUUCUCCGCAUUUCAGAGCAAUAAGUACACCUAGUCCAAACGAAACAGUUAAGAAGCCAGUGAAAUUUACUCUGAGAACCCAUCCAACUAGGAGGCCAGUAAGAGUGGUAACAUUGCCUAAUAAAUUGAACUCAACUAAGAUACCAGGAAAAUUGACACCAUAUCCUCGGAAAGAUAAUUUAACUAAGUUACCAGUGAAAAAGCCACCUUUUACUCAUAGAUCAAAUCCAACUACAAGGCAAGUGAGAAUAGCACGGUCUCCCAGGAGAAGCAAUUCCACUGUGAGGCAUUUGAAAGUGACACGAUCUCCAAUCAAUUCUACUAAGCAACGACGACCAGUUUCUCCGCAUUACAGAGGUAUCCACAAGCCUCAUAAAAAUCACUCAGGUGUAGCGAUCAAAGUAGGAAUUCCAAUGAAUUAUCGUGGUGCUUCCAAACUGGUAAGCGAUAACUCAUCACUAACGAAAGUUGACAAACCCGCUGAAUUAGAUGAGAAGGAUGAUCACGAGACCAAGAGAGCCCAUAAAAGAUUCCAAAGGACUAGAGCUGUAGUGGAAAGAAUUAAAAACUAUACUAGAAGUCGACGUGAACGACGCUCCAAAUCGGCAGGAUGUUCAAUUUAUUCUCACAGCUGGCUUUCUUACUCCGUGUUAAUCAAGCACAUAGUUGGUUGGAUGUUACCCAUCUUAGGUGCCCACUAUCUUCUUUCAUGAAAGACCAAUUAGUUUUUUUCCCUGAAAAAGAAUGAUUAUGGAAAACCAAUUAAUUUAAUUUGUGUUACUCAGUGGGAAUUGUUAUUUUUCAGAUAACAUUAUUAUGCUCUGUGGAUAAAAUGUUUUACUAUUUUGACGUAUUAUUGAUAUG